GUGCGCCCCGCCUCCCCCAGAGCUAGGCGGAGCCGGGGACCCGGAGGAGCAGGAGGAGAGGUCGGAGCAGUCUCUGGUCGCCCAGAGAGACAGAGUCCCCUCGGCAGCUGCUGCGGCGAGAGGCCUAGGACGUUAAUCCAGAGAAAAGAAGCUGCAGCCUGGAUCUGCUCAGAAGCACCAGCCAGGGGUCGGGAGAAAUCUGGUCCAAUUCUGUUCCGUGUGGAGGUGACCAGGUUAUAAAAGCCAUCUCUGACCGUGCCCUGGGUCUUCUACUUUUUGCAGAAGCUGGACCGGCUGGACAAGCAGAUUUCCUUGACCAUUUGAACCUGAAAACACGGUGUCAGACAGCCUCUUAUCGAUCUCAUUGUUGAAGAUGUCCAGCAAAACUACCAACACCAAUAGCGUGGCCCAGGCCCGGCGAACUGUCCAGCAGUUGAGAUUAGAAGCGUCCAUAGAGAGGAUUAAGGUUUCCAAGGCGUCUGCAGAUCUCAUGUCCUACUGUGAGGAGCAUGCCAGAGGCGAUCCUUUGCUCAUGGGAAUCCCGACUUCAGAAAACCCCUUCAAGGAUAAAAAAACUUGCAUCAUAUUAUAGUGGGUUAGGGAGCCUGCAGGUGCCACCCCUCCAUGAUCUAAGCAGCUCCAUAAAGAAACGUACGUUCCGCUCACUUGGUAACCACUGCUCAAAACAAAAAUGCUUUUAACUUGUAAAAACAGACACACACACACACAAAAAAUGAGUUUUAAAGCCUUUGUUUUUAAAAGUCUCCCUCUCUUUUAGAGUGUACCCUUUAUGAAAUGGAUGAGAAUCAGUCGAUUUAUUCUUGGUUUCCAGUUGCAUGAUUAAUGGUGGUUAUUUCCUUAGGUUGGCUUCACGUUGAAGGAAUGCUGGUUAGGGUUGGUUUCUAUGUAAAUUCAUUGUCCGGUGGUCUACUUUUUGAUUUGAGGGAAGACCGAAGUUGCCUCCUCCUCUUUCCAGAUUCACCAGGCCCACGAAUCAGCAGGGCCCAUGGCAAAUCCAGUCUCUAAAAUGCUUCGCUUCUCAGCAUCCUUAAUCGGGUUAGUGCCUCUCUAUGUACAGAACCCAAGUUAUGCAUGUAUUUGGCGUGUAUAUAUGAUUUUGUAUAUAUACAUUUCAAAGUGCAUGUUUUCUAGAUCAAAAACGUCUUCCCCUUCUACCAAGGCCCUCCCCCUAUUCUAGCCCACCCCAAGUUCUGCCUCUCUCCAGUUGUGUGCCCAGCCGGCAAUGCCUCGGUGGUCACCACUGUGUUUGCCUACGGCUCCUGGGUGCCGCGGGUGGCCCGCCCCCAAGAGUCGUUCUUACGAUACCAAAUUCUGGUCGUUUUAUCAUCAUCCUCAUCUCUCCCUUUUGUUUGCUUCUCUGGUCCUCACGGCCUAAAUACAAAAGGUGCCAAUUUAAGAGAGCGAAAAACAAAACCCUCUUGUCAUUUGAGGUGCUAUGCUGUGAGGGCCCCCUUUGCUUUACUGGACUCAGCGCAGUCAGGAUACAGAAUUACAAAAUCCCAGAGCCGGACAGUCCAACCCGUGCCUAAACACGUAUCCUCUCUGUCAUCGACCCAGUCUGCUGAAGACCCUGGACACCUUCUCAGAAUUGUUUUUUAGUUCAUAAAAUAAAAUACAUAGGAUUACAAAGGAAACUAGUUAUACUGAAAUCCAGUUAUCAAAAUAUUAAAAAAAAAACAAAACAAAACUAAGUUCAUGGACCCUAGUUAAGAACCCUUGUUAAGAUCUCAUCUGACCCAUAGCCCAUCUACACUGAGUAAUGGUCAUCCCCCUCUGCUCCAAGACCUCCAGUAAAGUGAACUCACUGUCUCCCAAGGCAGCCCGUUCCACUUUGGGAUGACCUCGAAGCUGAACUGAAAUUUGCUUUCCUUGUCCUUAGUUCAGGCCAUCAAGGCCAAGCAGAAGAAGUCUGAUUAGGAGGAGAUGAAGGGUAUCCAUGAGCCCAUUGACCAGAGGAGGGAGGGUCCAUGAAUGUGAGCCUAGUUCUGUCCACAGAGAAGGAAAUAAUCAUCGCACUAGAUUGGGGGAGUGCACCUCCUUCCUCAAGUAGAUUAUUGACUCUCCCUCUCCUUCCCAGGCCUAAAUCUUAUAUGUUUGAAGGGUAGGCUUCAUCCUCUGCCUCAUCCUAGGUAUGUUGAUUUGCGGAUGGGAAGGUUGUUUGUCAGAAGGAACCAAGAAAGGCCCGAGACGCUGGUGGUGUUCCACUUGCCAGCUUCUUGUCUUCUAGCCCAGUCCACCCACGCUGUUCUUGGAGGUGGGAAUAGGCAGUACAACAUAAAAUUAAAAAAAAAA